AAUACUUAGCCAUUAACACUUAUGUAUUAUAAUUUAUAGCUGAAGACUGCAAAAAAACGUUGGCGAAAUAUACGUGAUACGUACAUGAGAAAUAAAAAAAAACUUGGGACUGGGUCGUCAGCAUUAUCAAAAAAGAAAUGGGCUUUGGCUGACAAUUUAACAUUCCUAAAUAACGUAGAAUAUGAAAGAAAUACAACAACAAAUGUUAAUCCAAAUGAUACAACAACAAAUGAUACAACAAUAAUUUAUGAUAAUGCAAAUGAUAUAACAAAUGCGAAUGAUUCUUCAAUGUGUUUCUUAAGUGAAGAAAGUAGUGAGUUAUUUGAAGGAGAUAAUACUACUGAAAAAUCCACUAUUGACUCAAAUUUUAACGAGUUUCAAAAACCAAAUAAAAAAUUUAAAUCAAAGUACAACAAAAAAGAUUUUUCAAAACAGCAAUCGGAAAGAGCUGUUAUUAUUCAAAAUUUACAGAAACAAAAUGAAACGAUUUUAAAUAAAGUGACCAACAAUGACGAAACCGAUUUAUUUUCCCAAAGUAUAGCGGCUAUGGUGAAAAAACUACCCCCUAAAGGCACAAGCGAGGCAAGACUUCAAAUUUUAAAAACCGUAUCUGAACUCGAAGAAAAGUAUUUGAUUAAUCCUUAUAUACCUACUCCAGGGGCAUUUUCAACUACCACUGUUUCAGAAUAUGAUUACAACAUAGCCCAUUCAAGUUCUACAUCAUCGUGUCAAAGUUUGUCAUCAAACUCACAAGGAUUUGCACCAUUUGUAUAUGGAAAUAAUUUUUCAAAUCAACAAUAAUUUUAAUUUUUUUUAAUAUUGUUUUAUAACAAAAGUACAAAUGUUAUUUUUAAAGCCAAAA